GUGAAGUAGAAGUCAUACGGAUGUUUUUUUUUUCCUUCAGUCACCAGUCAGUCUAUACCUACGCAAGAAGUGACUAUUGUAUCUACCUGAUCAGAACACUGGUCCUGCUGCUGCAGAGUUUGAAACAUCAGACAAGAUGUCUACUUUCAGCUUUAACAAAUCAGGAAAUGAUGCCAAAAGUAAUACCCUGGGAUCGACAAACAGGCAGAAUGUAAUACAGGAGACAAACAAGAAAAGGACCCUGCUAAAGGACAGUAGCUGGAUAAAAAACCGACCAGAAGAGGAGGAGGAGAAAAUUAGAGAUGAAAACUAUGGGAAAAGUGUUCUUAGCCGAUAUAGAUCACAGGAGGACUUGGACAGUGGCUUUGAUAAAGACGAGAAGCCUUUACACAACAGAUUCAAGUCAGAUGAUGCUUUAGACAGAAUUCCAUCAAGAAAUACAUUUCAAGGAGGAAAUAAAGCAGCCACUCUGGAAAGAUUACCCAUGAGUGGGCCAGAAGUAACCAACAAAAGACAAUCCUGGGCUCCCAGUAACAAGACAACAACUACAACAACAACUACAGAAGAAUCCACAAGACAAUCCUGGGCUCCCAGUAACAAGACAACAACUACAACAACAACUACAGAAGAAUCCAAAAGUGAUACGACAGACGAAUAUUCAAGGCGCAGUGAGAAAGAAGUCAGUUACAAUCCCAUAGUACUAAGAAAAUCAUGGGCUCCAACAAACAGAAACACCACCACUACCACAACUACAGCAACAACUGAAACUAGACAGGUUGUACCAGGCAAACCAGAGGGGCAAAAAAUCACUAUUUCCUCAUCGGAUACUAAGAUCACAGAUAAACAACCGAGAUCCAGUUUUAUUGAUAGCGCCAGAUCAAGGUUUGAAAAGAGCGAGGAAAAUCCAAGCCCACCCACCUCACCUAGGCUUCAAAAUGCUGAUGGAAAGCCAAAGUUGCCUCCCAGAUCACCUAUUGCCAAAACUGAUGGCCGACCUUCAUACCCCAGUAAGCCUGUUAUUUCAGAGACUGGAGAGAGAAGAAGCACUGUGGAAAGAAAGCAGAGAAGUCAAGAUAUCGAUAAUCUCAUUGACAUUUCAACCUCAACAGUUGUCAACAAAAGUACUCAAGAUAUUGACAACCUUAUUGACAUCAAGCAUAGCACAGACAAAGGAAACAAAAGUACUCAAGACAUUGGUAACCUCAUUGACAUUAAACCCAGCACAACUAAUGGAAACAAAAGGGAUGGCAACCUUAACAACCUGAUUGAAGUAAAGAAGCCAACUGUACAAACCAGAGAUCAGCUGGAUGAAUUUAUUGAAAUAUCAAAUGCAGCAAAGAACGUUCACAAAACGGAUGGCAACCUUAACAACCUGAUUGAAGUAAAGAAGCCAACUGUACAAACCAGAACCCAAAAUCUUGAUAACCUCAUAGAUAUAAAUACUACUACUACUACUGUGAAUAAAAGAAGUCAAGGUCUGGAAGACCUCAUUGCCAUAACCGGAGAUGGAAACAAGGGCACAGCCAAGCCUACUAAUCUCACAAAUCAAAGUUCAACCACAACUACCACCUAUAAUGUUAAGGAAGGAACCAGUGAUGCACCAAGCAGACGUUCUACCACAACUACAACCUACAAUGUAAAGGAAGAAACGAGUGAUGCACCAAACAGACGUUCUACCACAACCUCUAAAGUUACUGAGAACCAGGAUAUGCAAGGCAGACGGUCAACUACAUCAUCGACCUACAAAGUCAAUGAAGGUAGCUAUGAUGCUCCAACUCGACGCACAACCACAUCUUACAAGGACACCACUGAUGGGCCAAGUUCUUCCUCAAAUGUUACUGUCACUGAAGAGACAAGUUAUUCAUCUUUUCCAAGUUCAUCUUAUGGAGAUGCAAGUAGGAAAUCUUCAACUAAUAAAUAUGGACAGGACAUUGUAUCAAAUUCUAUUAGAACUGUUUACUCUACAUCUGAUCAAUCUAACAUAGGAAAGGAUGUUUGUACUUACUGUCGCAAACCACUUGGCAUUGAUGCCAAGAUGAUUCUAAAAGACUUAAACAUUUGCUGCCAUGCAACAUGCUUCAAGUGUGAAGCUUGUUCUGGUCCCUUGGAAAACCUAAAGGCUGGAGACAGUAUGUGGAUCUAUAAGCAGACUAUCCACUGUGAGCCUUGCUAUUUUUCUGCAAGAGAGAAAUGGAUCAUCUAAAUAUAGAACCUGAAAACGUAAAGAGAUGGAAUAUGAGACAUCGAUCAAUACUUAUCUUUCAUAGCUUAGUUUAGACAACAGAGGGGAAUAUAUGGAAUAACAUUAAACUCAUGUAUACGUAUUUUGGGUUUCAGGGAAUAAUACUGUAAUACUGUUUAAGUAGUGCUAAAGCCAGAACAUCCUGUUGUUUCAUAGAUUUAAUAUUACAAUAUACUUAUGUCUAACAGUAAAAUUUAUUGGAUUACUAUGGUUUUAGCCUUUGUAGUCUACACAAUAAAAAAUAAACGUAGACAAAGAUGGGUCCAUGCCAGGGUGCAAUGAAGCAGAUUCACUACACAGUAUUUAUUUUACUCUAAGGCCACUUUCAGUAUUUGUAGACUAAGGAUAGAAAUGGGUCCAAAACUUGGAAAGCAUGUAGAGCUUUACUUUAUUUGUUUCUCUAUAUACAGUAGUUUCCAUUUGUGGUCUACUGACAAAUACUGCUGUGUGAAAGUGGUCUCAGCUUAAAGCCCAAUAGUCUAAACAGGAUAUGUAAGGCGGGUGUUUUUAUUGGGAAUUUGGGCCUGAUGGA